GAUGUCUUACAGUCUUUGAUACUUACAGAAAAAUAGGAUCAACAUAAUAAUUUGUCAGCUUGAUGUAGGAGUGCUAUGGUAAUCGGUGGUAAAGUUACGUGUAUUAUCUGAAACAGCAGGCUGACUUUUUACCCCAUAUCUGCAUGAACACUGUGGCGGUGUGGCGGGCUGUUGGCGAGGCGGAGACACCUGAUUGGCUGGGCAGCAGGGCGGAAGUGCGUCUACCGUCCCAGCUGAGCUGAAAACAAAACAAGACAAGCUGCGACUGCACCAUGAUGGAUGAGCUGGUGCAGGACCUGGUGUCUGCUCUGGAGCAGACCUCAGAGCAAAGCAAGCUGGGGGAGCUAUGGGAGGAAAUGGUCCUGAGUCCCCUGCACCAGCGCCGGCAGAUUCGCCGUCGCAGAGGCCGCAGCAAGCGCUAUCGUGAAUCUUCUCUCUAUCCGCUGCAGCACAGACGGUGUUGGAUUGAGGCCUCGGAGUCCAGCUUGGACGAGACUAUACGAUACAGAGAGAACUCUUCCUCAACCAUUACUGCCUCUGUGGCCAGCUGCAGUGACUCUGAUGACGAGACUUCAGUCAACCGAUGGCGCUCCGUCAUGACUAGGCAGUCCUCCUGGCCAGAGUCCGAUUCCUUCACCGAGAAUAAUCCAGGACGGCAUCUCAGGAAGCGGAGGAAGGUCAAACGUAUGACCACAGACGUCACAGUUAGGUUGCAGCAGAAGUUAAAGGUUUCUGGUGUAGAUGGGAAACGGAGACACAGGCCGUCUAAGAUGCAGCAUCUGUCAGGAUCGAAGAAGAGGUCAAGUGCUUGGGUUGGAGCAGGGCGACAGACCGAAGGAGCCAGGCUGAUGGGAAAGAAGUGCUGGAAGAGAAAGGUGUCCAAGGAACACAGAGAUGCUGCAGAUGAGAACAUGUCUGAGGGGGAAACCAGCAGUACAUGCAGCAGUGACCCUGGCCUGUUCACCAAUGAUGAGGGAAGACAAGGCGAUGACGAGCAGAGUGACUGGUUCUUCGAGGGGGACUGUGGAGUCGGGACGGGUGUGGCCGGCCUGCUGCCCAGCUGGGACUCAGACAACCAGCUUUCCCUCGAGGAUAACCGCCCCACGCCCACAUUCCUGCAACCUGCACGGCCCUCUCAUCGAGGGUAUCGGUAUCAUUCACGUCUGAAGCGAGUGCCCUGCUAUGCUGCAUGCUGCAUCAAGAAGGACAGGAGGCAGCUUCCCAGCAAGGGCAACGGCAUGCCAGUGUUUGUAGAGAGAAUGGGACACUUCUCCCGAGAUCCUUACCAGAGAGACUUUUUGCUGCCUUCUGUUGGAAAACGAGACCGAAGCCAGUGUGUCCUAUUGACAUGGUGUCAGAGAGCUCCCAUCUCAGAUGUUCCUCCUCAAUCUGCAGAAACAGGCAGACUAAUGUAUCCUGUGCAUACCAGUCCCAGAGUGACAUCAGGAGGAAGAGGGAAACAGAAGCUGUGUCCGUCACAACAACAACAUCAGCACUGCCGUGGAAGUGCUGAAGCUGGUUGUGAAAAAGAAAAACCCACAACAACUUAUCAAGCCAGAUAUUUCCCUUCACUCCCAGAGACAAAAAGCUUUAAAGCGAGCAACCCAUUUCAUAAGGAUCACCAGAGAGCAGAGGCACGGGGAGCCAGUAACACCUCAACCCUAGAGACUGUGGGACCAAGUGCACCAGGUUUACAGAGUUCAUCAUUCCUCCAGGGGGACCAUGAAGAACCUGAACAGGGCUGGACAAGCACACCUAAAUGACAAAGGAAAAGCUACUGUGCCAGAGAAUGAAAAGGCCAAAACUCCUCUUUCUGAACUUUAUAUAAUAUAAAGAAAAAAUACAAAGCACAUCAUUACUCCUCAAAUCAGCAUGCUACUUCUAGAUCCAGUCUUUCCAGGUAGUAUAUUAAGCUUGACAAAUGUUAAUGCAAUCAAGCCUUGUUAAGCCCUCCGCCUUCUCCUCAAAGCAGCUUCAAGAGGCUCCUCGUUUGACUUAGGGCUGGAAGGCUCCUCCGGUUUCCACACACAGUCUCCGGGCCACCUGCUACCACAUAAUCCAACAAUUAUGUCCACUUUAGUAGCGCAGCAUUUGCCAGCAGGAACACUGGGAGGAUGGUAUGGUCAGGUGAGGCAGCUUUGUGGCUGGGGUGGGGGGGUCUGCUCUUUACGGCAGACAACAAUGGCCGUGCAGGCAGCACAUACUGUGGCCAGCUCCGAGACAGAAGAGCAUCAGAAUGUUUAGCUACCACAUGCUACAGGGUUCAAAGAGGCGACCACCAGUAGAGAGCCACACAAAGUACAGGCCUCCUAUUAGCAUGGAUUUGAAAAGCUACAGUUUGUACAAAGGUGCUCAUUAGCACAACACAGAGGGAGUGUAGUCACCGUCCUCGGAGGGCAGCCUCUGUUCUCUUCAGCUUACCUUCCAUAUUCAAAUGUUCCCAAAAGUAUUUAAGUUCAAGGCCAGCUGCAAAUCUGUUUAAACAGGCUGUUUUUCAGCAGUGGUGGAUUAGUUGCUGUACAGAAAGCCAGCAGAAAUGAGUUGAAGGAGCUGUUGGAGACAGGAGAAGAGAGUCGUACACUGUAUUUUCCCCUACCCUUGGAGUAUACAUUUCUCCGGCUCCCUUGGCAUCAAAUCCAUUAAAAGAUCAAUGGCAGCAUACAGCAAGAUCAAACAAAACACUUCUCGCCAAGCUGGUAAAUGAGAAGUAUUUUCAGAAGAUUGCAUUUUUAUAUAGGAGUCAAGUGAAGUACAAUCUACUUGACCUAAACCACAUAGGUGAUAACGGUCUUUAAAAACACAAACACAUACACCUGUACAUAAUCUCUGCUAGAGAGUGUCUUGAAAAGGUAUUUUAAAGUGAAAUGUUGACGUGAAGAGGAGUGAAUUUGGUUGCGUGCAAAAGUUUGAUGUUUUUAAAAAGCUUAUCUGAGCGCCAAAAGGCACAUGUAUGCACUUUCUAUAAUGAUCACCAGCUACAUUCUGCAUGUCUUUUCAGACACUUUAAAGCCUUAUUUAAGAGAAGAAUCACAUUUAGUAGAAUGAGAUUUGCCAAUUAACAUGAGUUAUACGUCUGCAAUAAUCCAUCUGAGAAGGCUUUAUGUGAUCAUGUUGGCCAGGGAUGACAUUUAUAAAUGCUGUGUGUGCACACUCGUCUAAAUGGAUACCUCACACAAGACAUCCUGCCACAGGAAUCUGUCAGUGUUGAGGCAGAGCAACCCCCCCCCACACACACACACACACCCCUGGCUACCGCUGCAGGGAGUCCAGCAGCACAGUGGGCUCUCACGCCAGGAAUACAUAGUCCAGACUGAAUACAUUCAUAAUUAGAAAAAAGAAGCUUUUGAUAAAUACAUUGGUGUCUUCUUCAAGACAUAUGCCCCUGGACACGUUGACAAAUAUUGACUGUGUAGUGUUUUAAGGAGAGCUUUGCACCAUUGCCCUAUCCGUCAGUCUGUGUUUUGGUGCCAAGGCAUUGACAGGGAAGGAAGACGCAUCAGUUCAGAUACAGUUUCAUUAGUAGCAGGAGGGGAAACACCUCUCCUGCCUCUCUGGUAAUUAGCAGUCACCAUAAUGACAUCUCAGCCAGACAGUAUGCCUCCAAAAUGUAUUUCCAAUGGCCAGGAAGUGGGGGAAUGGCUUCCGUGCAGCCAGUCAAUUGCCCUGUUACAGUUAAGGAAUCCAGCAGGCUGGUACCACUCAUAUUUCAUCCCAGGUAAAGAUUACCUGUCAGGCCCAUGGGAGAUGUAUUGAUCUGUUUUCCUUUUUCCACCAGCAAUCACCUGACAAAGGCACCUAGGAGGCGAGUGAAUGAGUGAUGCCUGGUCUGUCUGCUCCAGCGUAGUGGCUUCUAGUGUCCACUGAUGGGUGGAGAGGUGAUGAGGAAGAGGAGAGAUAAUGCAGUCAUAAACUCUGUUUGAACCUCUUCUGUAUGCAUGCAGGGCAGCCCCUUACUCCUUGGUCACAGGUCAGUGGGGGAAUUUGCUUUUUUUUUUUAGCUCCUUGUCAGUGGCGUUAGUUCUUGCUGUGUAGUGGUGAUAGAAACAGAUGCAAAAGAGGCUCUCUGGUUCCUGCUGACAAAUGCACGUUGUGAGUCACCGUAGUUCAACUCACUUUGGGUUUCAAAAGUGAUCCGGUUUGAUCGGGGCACCUUUCUCAAUGAAAUCCAACCUUGUGUGGUCAGGGUUUCCUGUGAUUGUCAGCGUGGCGAUGCUGCACUAACAGUGAUCAAUAUAUUUUACAUUAUCUUGUGUGUUUUUGGCAGCUAAAAGUAUUUAUAUAUUUGCCUUGUUCAGUAGAAUGUCAGUGUUGAUAUUAUCCAUGUAGCCAUGCAUUUAAAGUGAUUGCACUGUAUAAAAUGUGUAGUAUUUAUGAUGUGAUCCAUAAAUAUAGGUCCAUUAAUUGAAGAUGUAGGUCUAAGGACAUUAAAUUCAUGAAUUCAAUUUCAUGAUACUGUAGAUAGUAGAGUAGAUAUGUCUCUCUAAUUUUUUUUACUGUUGUAUUUUUUUAAUUAAAUGUACAAGGAUUUAAAUAUAUCUCCCUGAUAUCAGGGUUCUUAGGCAGCUAUCCACAUUUGAUACAUAGUACAAAUAGCAUCUUAUCUCAUAGGCUGUUAUCUUUAUAUUUAAUAGUAGUGGAGGCAUGCCUAAUUGCUUUGCAAAUGAUCUAAAGAGGAUUACUCCUCCCUUAGAAAGCCUGCCCGGUGUCACUACAUGUUAGAGAGACAUUAUAAUGGUAACAUUCAAUCAAACCUGCAGUGCAGCGUUUAUGCAGUAGCUCUGUUUUCUAUGUGUUAUGUCAAAAUAAAUGUCAGUAUGAGGUGGAUACUCUGCUUUUGAAUAAACUCUGUAUGAACACGAUUAUGGACUAUUAUGGAUAAGAAGCUGUUUUAAGUAGUUGUACUUCUAUUUAUGUCAUUUGUGUAUCUUCAAAAUUAAAUAAAUGGGAUUUGUGUUAAGAUCAUGAAACGUCAUGACUCCAUGUCAUGAAUAUUCAUAGAAAAAAAACUGCGGUAUCUGUUUAUUUCAAAUACUGAAAUUUGUGUGCAAUAAAUAAUUGUGUGAAAUCUGUAUGUGAAGAUGAGA